GUGGCCCCUCCGAAGGGGAUGUGGCUAGUGAGCUAGACUUUGAAAAGGGAACAGAAGUGUUGGCUUGGGACCGGGUAGCGGGUAGGCAGAGAGUUGAACUUACUCCCUAAACAAGCCUUGUGCACGGCUUGUAUUGUCUCAUUUAAUCCUCACAGUGGAGGGAGAGUAGGUCCCCCUUGCAGGUGAGUAAACGGCCGCCCUGAGGGUGGCUAAGUGUCACGUUGAGCGAGAACGGAGACGGGAUUUGAACGUGCCCCAGAGCUCCAAAUCAGCCUGCGGCUACCCAUGCUGCCCUCACCUUACACAGACCAGUCCAGGGGCUUCCUCUCCCGCCCCGUCUGCCUGAAGGGAUCCCUCACUCAACAUCCAGGGUCUGGGGUUCCACAAAUACGGGCUGGUAUACAUGGUGCACUGAGAAACACUUGACCUCCCAGGAGUCCUUUAUAGUCUCCAGUGAAAUGAACUAAAGGUGGAGAGAACCUAAAGGCAGGAGGUGUCUAGAGCCGGGUAGGAGUGAGACUCUAUAGAAGGAGCAGAAGACAGAGAAGAGAGGGAGGACCAAGCUAGCAGUGACUGAGGUCAAACUGGCCCACUUACUUCAGAGCUUGGAAAUCUACCUGCCAGUUCUGGUAGGUGUCAGAUGGAAGCCACUUAUCUGUCUGCAUUCUGACCCUGACUUGCAGGACAGUUGCUCAUUUGCAGGUCAGUUUCAUUGACAAUAAAAUGACAUUGAUACAUGCUGCUUUCCCGUCUGAUAAAGAGAUACUGUGAGGGAUUAGAUUUUGACCUCUCAGAAUUAGUCAGGUAUAAUCAGGAACCAUAAGCCUGGGGAAGGAAGAGUACAACUACAUGUGAGGCCGAUUCCUGUAAGGCUGCAAUUUUGUUUGUUAAUCAUCAACAUUUAUCUCUUCUCUGGAGUGGAGAUAGUGGGGGUGCAUUAUUUCUACCUAUCACAUGUCCUCCAAACCAAAUAACUUAAUCUUUCCCUUGUUGAAUCUAAAUUUUAUCAUAUAGUACUUCUCACCAGUGUAAUUUUUAGGAAUAAAAAAUUACUAAAUUUCCUAUUUUUUUACGAAAAAAGUAAAACAAAACCCAAAAGCCUCCCCCCUCCUUUAAUAUUUAUACUUAAGUAUUUACAUUGUAGUUGUUAGUGCUUCUUCAUUAAUUUUUAAAAUCCAAGAAAUCACUAGCAUCCUAACAAAUAACAUUUUAUACUACUAAUGAGGGAUCAGAAGCUAUACAUUAAUUUAUAACACAAUAAUUUUUUUUCUCAUUAAAAAAAUAGAAAAUAUUGCCUUAGAGAAAUGCCAUACCUGGAGUAAGUUGUCGGUCUAUCCUCUAUCUCUAGUUUUCUCUUUAUGUUUACCAUAAUUGUGCUGUCAACUAAGUGCAUAAUUCUGGGGGAAAAUUUCCAGAAUAACAUUCUGGCCAUUAACCCCAUAGAAAUAUCACUAUUCCUUGCUGUUUGUGGCCCUCAAGUUUAUUAUAUAAUUAAUUAUAUGAUAUAAUAAAAGGGUAAAGUUAGUUUUGAGAUCAUCUUGCUCCAACCCUGAAGUAACUUCAGAAGUAUAACCCCUUCUGAACAUAGGCUCCAUGUGCAUAUUUUAUGUAAUCUAGGCUUAGAUGGAAAGAUUCUCUUUCUACUCUACUUAUUUAUCUUACUUUUUAGGAUUUAAAAAUAUUCCAUCUGCUUUCUGCCAGCACCUCACUGAAUUUGUUCUUGUUAAAGCUAUCUUUGACCUACUUGCCAAGCCAGUGGACACUUUUCUGUCCUCAUCCUUUGUCACUUCUCCGCACCAUUAAGUACUGUUGACCACUUCCACUUUGAAAUGGAGCCCUAACAUGAGUGUGUCUUUUGAUAAUAGAUCAAAAACAAUGUUCAUUGUUUCUUACUCUUUUUCCUUGGCCCUCAGGGGCCUGACUCUCCAUCCUGACUUCAUUCAAAUAAGGAGUUUCCUUGCACUUUGUUUAAAAGAGGAAACUUCUCUGUAGUAAUAAAAUUCCCAGACUACCUCUACCAAAGCCAUCCCUAAGGGGGUGUGUCUUAUGGUGCAAAACUGCUGAAAGUCCCAGAGUUGAAUUACACAAUCAGAUUCUGAAUCAGUGACGCUCUGUUUUCUUUUAAAUUUCUACUUCCUGAAACCGAGGCUGUUUAUGAGAAACAGUGUAUUUCAGGGAGACUGUCCUAAAAUUAACCUUUUUCAGAGUUAGAUUUGCUGGCCUUAAAAGUGUUUAUCCUCUUCUUCAAGACAAAGUUAUCUGCAGUCAACCACCACCAGAAGCAGAUGAUCUUCCUUCUGACAUUUCGUCACAUGCCUGCAUCAUUCACCUGACUUCAUCUCCUCACAUAGGUAUUUUAUCGGCUCACGUCAUCACAAGAAGAACGGUUGUGUUGUGCUAAGAUUUUGUCUUUGAACUAAGGAUGCUGAGACUGAGUUAGUUUCUGUUGAGGAUUUGAAUCAGGAGGUCAUGUAAAGCCAUGGUACCUCCGCCUUGAAGGGGCUCUUUUAUUGAGAAUCGAUGUCUUCUUCUGCGUAAUUGAUCACCAUAGACCCAGGGACACUUGACUCAUCGUUGAGGAAGAGUGAUCAUCAUGAAUAAUCAAAAAGCUGUAGCUACACUACUGCAAGAGUGCAAGCAAGUGCUGGACCAGCUCUUGUUGGAGGCGUCAGAUGUGUCGAAGGAGGACAAGAGCGAGGACCAGCAGUGCAGAGCUUCACUCCCCAGUGAGUUAAGGACCCUGAUCCAGGAGGCAAAGGAAAUGAAGUGGCCCUUCGUGCCUGAAAAGUGGCAGUACAAACAAGCCGUGGGCCCAGAGGACAAAACAAACCUGCAGGAUGUGAUUGGCGCCGGGUUGCAGCAGUUACUGGCGUCCUUGAAAGCCUCCAUCCGCUCCCGCGACUGCACCACGGCUGCUGCCGUUGUGUUCUUAUGCGACCGCUUCCUGUACGGGCUCGACGUCUCCGGCAACCUCCUGCAGGUCGCCAAGGGGCUCCACAAGCUGCAGCCGGCAACGCCCAUUGCCCCGCAGGUGGUGAUUCGCCAAGCCCGACUCUCGGUCAACUCAGGGAAACUUUUAAAAGCAGAGUAUAUCCUGAGCAAUCUAAUAAGCAACAAUGGAGCAACAGGUACCUGGCUGUACAGAAAUGAAAGCGACAAGAUCCUGGUGCAGUCAGUCUGCAUACAGAUCAGAGGGCAAAUUCUGCAAAAGCUAGGGAUGUGGUAUGAAGCAGCAGAGCUAAUCUGGACCUCCAUCAUAGGAUAUCUGACACUUCCUCAGCCAGACAGAAAGGGUAUUUCCACAUCACUAGGUAUACUGGCAGACAUCUUUGUUUCCAUGAGCAAAAAAGAUUAUGAAAAGUUUAAAAACAAUCCACAAAUUCACUUGGGUUUGCUGAGGGAGUUUGACCACCAUUUGCUCUCAGCUGCGGAAGCCUGCAAACUGGCAACUGCCUUCAGUCCCUACACGCCCCUCUUUGUGCUCUCGGCUGUGAAUAUCCGCGGCACAUGCUUGUUGUCCUAUAGUAGUUCUAAUGACUGUCCUCCAGAAAUGAAAAAUUCAUAUCUGUAUGAAGCCAAAGAGGCCUUCGAAAUUGGCCUCCUCACCAAGAGAUAUGAUGAACCAGCUACUGGAAAACAAGAGCUUCAUAGUCUUCUCAAAGCUGCUUUCGGCCUUACCACAGUGCACCAAAGACUCUAUGGGGAGACCGAGAUGGUCCGUGUAGCAAGUCAGCUCUGUAACGAAGCUAUGGGAAAGCUGUACAGUUUCAGUAGUUCCUCUGGAAGUCAGGAGAGAGAAGCUCUCUCUCAGCAGAUCUUGUCUAUUAUCACCCAGGUAAAGGAUCAUUUACAAAUUCAAGGCUUCUCAAAUUUAGAUGACAAGUCUUAUGUUCCGGAGAGUUUCAAGCGUGGUUUGGAUAAGCCCAUCUUUCAUGGGCAAGUGGAUUUCCAAAAAAUCCUUGAAGCCUAUUCACAGCACCAUACUUCAGUGUGUGAAGUAUUUGAAAGCUCUUGUGGAAACAACAAAAAUAAACAGAAAGAUACAAAAACAGGAGUCUGUAUCACUACUCUAAAAACAGAGACAAAAAACAUAGAUACUGUGUGUACUACUGAAGACAAAUCACAUUUUCAAAAAGGCAUGGUAAUGGCUAAGAAUAGUCAGGAGAAACUCAGCAGGAUAGGCAGGAAAAACUGGACCCAUUCUGAUGUAUUUCGAGUCUCCUUGGAUCAAGAUGUAGAGACUGAGGUUGAGUCACCAGACCACAGCCACGGUGAAGAAGCUGUUUUGGACAAGUCUCUGAGUGACAGCCAUUGCUCUAGUUCUUGGAGCAAGUUAUCAGGGGUUAGUUCUUCUACAAGCUGGGAGGAAGUGAAUUAUAUCGAUGAUAGGUCAACCAGAAAAGAGCCUUGCAAGGAAGAACAUCUUGUGGAUACUCAGUGUUCCACUGCCCUGUCUGAAGAGCUAGAGAUCAAUGAGGAAAGCAGAGCUGUACAUCCACUGUCUUCAGAGCUUCAUGGUCUCUCUCUCCAAGUAUCCAAGGAUGACAAUUUAGAGUUUUCUCAAAGUCAGCUACACAAACACAUGCCCUUAACAACCUCCUGUCCUCAUAACACAACAGGCAUGUUCUUGGCCUCUGGUGCAGGCCUGUUAGAAGGAGCUCCAGAAGGUGUGCAAAAGGUUAGAAACAUGGGAUCCAGAAACACUUCUGGUCAUUCCAGCCCCUCAUUUGGUUCUGCUUCUUUGUCCUCUUCUGAUUCUUGUUGGCCCAAGAACAUAGCCACAUAUCCUUCAGUUCAAGAAGAAGAAACCUUUGAACUAAGUGAAUUUCCAGAAAUCCACUGUGAUGCCAAAGACAGGCAUGGGGAAGAAAUCAAAAGAGGGACAGGCCUUACAUUUAAAGAUAGUUCCUCCUGGGUUGACCUAGAAGGAGAAACAGAGGAAAAAGAAGAGGAUAUGCCCUUAGACUCUCACGUAGUCAUGGAGGGUUCUCUGGGCAAAAAUUCUGUGAUGCCAUGUAGCUCUUUCACUCUUCAUUGGCCUGUUCAAAAUCCUGACUCAGGAAAGAGCAGUGGUUCAGUCAAAGAGCAGAACAUUGACCCUGAUGCCUCUACAGUGGAUGAAGAGGGCCAACUUCUCGACAGCACUGAUGUUCACCCCACAAAUGGGUGUGGCUCUUCGAGCCUGUGUUCCCUGAGGCAGCUGCAUGGUUGGGGGGCUGAGACCCCUGACCCAUCUGUAAGCAGUAACAUUGCCUUCCCUGAUCUUGGCAAGGACUGCACUACCACCGAAGAAGGAAACGAACCAGGAAACAUGCUAAACUGCAGCCAGAACUCCAGCUCGUCCUCAGCGUGGUGGUUGAAAUCACCUGCAUUUUCCAAUGGUUCUUCUGAGGGGGAAAACCCAUGGUCCUUUCUGAAUUCCAGUGGAAGUUCUUUUGUUUCAUUGCCAGGAAUGAUAAGGCAAGAGAUCCUAGAUGCUCGAACCCUGCACCCUGAUGACUUUGAAAAACUCUUGGCAGGGGUGAGCCAUGAUUGGCUGUUACAGAGACUGGAGAAUACAGGAGUUUUUAAGCCCAAUCAACUCCACCGAGCACACAAUGCUCUUUUAUUAAAAUACUCUAAAAAAUCAGAAUUAUGGACAGCCCAAGAAACUGUUGUAUAUUUGGGGGACUACCUGAAUGUGAAGAAGAAAGGCAGACAAAGAAAUGCUUUUUGGGUUCAUCAUCUUCAUCAAGAAGAAACUCUGGGGAGAUAUGUUGGGAAAGAAUAUAAGGAGCAGAAGGGGCUCCGGCACCACUUCACUGAUGUGGAACGUCAAAUGACCGCACAGCACUACGUGACAGAGUUUAACAAGAGACUUUAUGAACAAAAGGUUCCAACACAGAUCUUCUAUAUCCCAUCCACAGUAGUACUGAUUUUGGAAGGCAAGACAAUAAAGGGAUGUAUCAGUGUGGAGCCUUACAUACUGGGAGAAUUUGUAAAGUUAUCAAAUAACGCAAAAGUGGUUAAAACAGAAUACAAAGCCACAGAAUAUGGCUUGGCUUUUGGCCAUUUUUCCUAUGAGUUUUCUAAUCAUAGGGAUGUUGUAGUCGAUUUACAAGGUUGGGUGACUGGUAAUGGAAAAGGGCUCAUCUAUCUGACAGAUCCCCAGAUUCACUCUGUUGGUCAGAAUGAUGUCACUACCAAUUUUGGAAAGAAAGGAAUUUUUUACUUUUUUAAUCACCAGCACGUGGAAUGUAAUGAAAUAUGCCAUCGUCUUUCUCUGACAAGACCUUCAGUUGAGAAAUCAAAUAAUUCAUAGACUCUCUGGCAUGGUAAUGGAAUAGGUUUAGCGCUGCCUACCUGUGUGGGGUCCUGCUCUCCUUCCAGGCAGACACAGUAUGGCAUAGCCCGGUUCCUUCGGGCUUAGGCAGGGCCAUGGGACUAGUUCUAGCCAAAAAUUUGUGAGAUGAAUUGUUGAGUAUCAAUUUCAGGCCCAUAUUUAAUUGCCAGUGCAAGAUGCUGCAGAGCUACUUCCCUCUGCCACAGUUGGCAAGAAUAUGUCAGGAGAUAGCUGCUUAUCAGCGUAAGUCCUGCAGAGAGGCCAACCUGGAAAAGGCCCCCAUGGACCCAUUGUGGACACAAAACAGAUGAGAAAUAAACUUUUGUGGCUCAAGC